AUGGUGGAGUUUGCCGCAUGGUGUCAAUCUGUCUGCACAGCACCAGUGAAACUUGCCGCAGGAGCGUACCAGAUCAAGGAGAUGUUCGAAAAUGCAACGGAGGUCAUUGUUGCGGCUGAUGUCGCUUCAUACUCGAAGGAAGCGUUUCCAGUCAACUUCACUAUCCACCAGCGCGACUAUGGAUAUCGACUGGGAGUCCCCAUUCCCCACGCCCAAAAAGCCGAGUUUCAUACGGGACAGUCACCCAACGAAAUGCGAGCCCUCGACUUUGCAAUCGACGUAGGCCUCGCUAUGAUGAAUAGAACUCGGGGACUCACCCUGCUCGAUACUGUUCAUGUCAUUAGUCACAGCAAGAGCUGGAAUGGCAAAGUCAUGCGCCGGGCUCUUGUAUCCGCGUCAUACGACGAUGCUUCGAGCUGCCUAACGACUCCAACAGCUACAAACACUAUAGGAGACGCGAUCCGUCGCCUUGCCGACGAAGCGCAUGAGCCGGACAUGCAAGACGACUCCACUGUCACAGAGAGUCGGGACAAACACCGUUCGGUUGUGCGUAAGACUGCACCCAAAGGAGUCAUAAUACAACAGGCGAAGGACUUCAUCGCUCAGGUGACCGAGCAGACUCCCGUUCAAGCGACCACGAACAAUGGCAAUGGGAGCAGCGCGAGCAUUGCCAGCAGUGACAUCACGAGCGAUGCCCGCGCCAGCUUCUCGAGCGUCACAGGCAAUGCAAGCACUAGCAUUACGAACGAUGGUGCCGCAAAUGAUCCAAACGACUGCGACACCACAGACCACAACCCUGUCAGAGAAGAGCAGCGCGUCCGAUGCUUGCGCGAGGGCUGUGGCAGGUGGUUCAACUCCGUGUGCUAUCUCAGGAUUCACUUGGGGGAGAUGCACAACUUUGCAACCGCGGACGGUCGAUAUCCAUGCCCCAUUAGUGCCCAUGCCAACUGUGACGAAAGCUUCGACACCACAGAGGAUGCCGUGGAGCAUCUGUAUGCACAUCCCGAAAUGCGCAUUCCGUGUCCAUAUGCAGAGUUAUUGGGCUGUCCUAACACCUUCCUCAACAUGAGAUCUACGAAGAAAUGCAGAUCAUCGCACAAGCGACUGCCAGAUGGCACCUUUUCCUGCAAGUUUCGCCUGUCUCUCGGAAGUAAGCAGACAUUCAAGACUACCGCAGACCGCUUUGGGCAUCACAGGACCCACGCAGAGCACAACAAACAUAAAUGCGUCGUGGCUGAGUGUAAGAAAUCAUGUAGGAGCGCACCAAGCUUGGCAGGCCACAUCCGCAAUGAUCAUCCUGGCAGGGUAAGCAAGAGCACUAGAAGAGCCGCCCGCAUUUCAGACUCGGAUGCAAGCAGGGCGGAUGCACGCUGA